AUGAACAACUCCGCAGCAUCACCAUCAUCGACAUCCAAUGCUCCCAUGGAGAUUGAUCCCAAGAGCAAACGCAAGGCCUCUACAGCGGGCCUGCCUGCCAAUUCUCGUCCUGUGAAACGGCGGGCUUCCAAGGCGUGCUGCUGUUGUCGGGCUCGUAAGGUGCGUUGUGAUGUGGUUGAGAAUGGGUCACCAUGCACCAAUUGUCGCCUUGAUCAAGUCGAGUGUAUUGUCACUGAGAGCAAGAGGAGAAAGAAAUCACGUGUGGAAAGUGACAAUGUCAGCUCACAGCCGCACGUCCAGUCACCUGCUGAGGGUGCUGAGGAUACUUCCAAUUUUUUGCGCAGAAUGAGCGAGUCUCACGGCCUACCAGAUGUCGCUCCGGCAUCUCCAUCCCAGCGUUCAUUGGAUUUGGACCAAGGACAGCAUAUUCCUCAUCUUUUGUAUCAAAGUCAAGUCAACAGGGCUGGUUCUGGAGAUCGUUUUCGACGAAGGAUGGCUCCGAAUCCGGCUGUUCCGGCGACUCUGCCUUUGCAUCAUGUCACAUCACAAAUCCAGCAAUUAUUGGACCCCUCUUUCGCAAACGCAAGAACUGGGGGGGUAAUCCUACCCGAUUACAUCCGGGGCCUACCACCUCGUCUCCAAAAGGAAGACAUUGACUACCUGUAUCAGAAAGGGGCGUUGACCGUCCCCGACGUGGGUCUACGCAACGAGUUGCUCAAAAGCUAUAUCCACUACGUACAUACGUAUAUGCCCCUUCUUGAUCUGGAAGAAUUCCUGCAAACCAUUGUUCAGAAUGACGGUAUUCGUCGAAUGAGUCUGUUACUCUUCCAGGCCGUUAUGUUUGCCGGCACGGCCUUUAUUGACCUCAAGCACCUCCAUGCGGCGGGGUAUGCUUCACGAAAAGUGGCUCGCAAAGCCUUCUUCCAGCGAGCUAGGCUGCUCUAUGAUUUCGAUUACGAGGUGGACCGGAUUUCUCUCGUGCAAUCUUUGCUUUUGAUGACCUAUUGGUAUGAGACACCCGAUGACCAGAAGGAUACCUGGCAUUGGAUGGGUGUCAGUUUAUCUCUUGCACACACGAUUGGCCUACAUCGGGAUCCGGGCAACUCUCGCAUGGACAUUCGGCGUCAGCGAAUGUGGAAACGGAUUUGGUGGAGCACAUAUACACGCGAUCGCCUAAUUGCGCUGGGUAUGAGACGUCCCAUGCGUGUGAAAGACGAUGACUGCGAUGUUCCUAUGUUGACACUGGAUGAUUUUGAGUUCCAACCGUUUUCGCCCGAGAUCGUCAGCAUGGUGGGAUAUUCGGAAAUUUUACAAAAUCCGAACCAUCAGCGCGAGUUGGCCCUAAUGUUCAUUGAAAAGGCAAAGCUCUGCCUAUGUGUUAGCCAUGUGCUGUCAGCGCAGUAUUCAGUCCUGAGCCAUAAAUUCGGCGGGACUAUGGAAACCACCAUGAUGCUGGUACCCAAGAAGUCGGCAGCAGAAACCUUUGAGGUUCGCCGUUGUGAUCAAGAGUUGGAAGACUGGCUGGCCCACCUUCCCACCGAGAUUCAGUACGCCCCUGCGGCACCUGCAAAAUUAGGCGAGGCCCAAGAGGUGCUCCAUUCUCAUCGCGCUCUGCUGAAAAUGGUCUACCUGACCACAUCCAGCGCCCUACACCGUCCACAAGUCCUCCCCGCUAUUCCGUUUCCAUCCACAGAUGCGGAAUUGCAGGAGAUCUCAAGGAACAAGGUUAGGUAUGCUGCUAUUGAGAUCACAAACAUCGCCCAGGACCUACACAGUCUAGAUUUGACUCGUUACUUCCCUACAACCGGUGUUACUGUUCUCCUUCCCGCCGUUAUCAUCCAUCUUCUCGAUAUCAAGUCUAGCGAUCCGACGAUCCGAAUGACCAGCCUCCAGCGGUUCUAUCAAUGCAUGCGGAUUCUCCAGCGGCUUAGAGAGAUUUACGCAUCUGCUGACUUUGCAACGUCGUUUUUGGAGGCUGCGAUCCGGAAAGCCGGCAUUCAGCUUACAGUGACACCACAGGACGUGCAGUCGUCACGGUCCAGCAGUACGCUAGACGCGACCCCUCGGGUUAAUGCUUUGACUCCACCCCCAGAUUCUCUGGCACAAAAAGUCCCCGAUCUUACUUAUCCGAAGUCUGAUGCGACCGCGCUGGUUGAAAAGUUUGCUGCGGAUAAUGGGCCUACCUUUGCCUCGACGCCGCCACCUUCUGACGGCAGCGAGAAUGGCAGUACUAGUAACAUCAACCCUAGCUACCAUCAGGACGCUUUUAAUAUCCCAAAUUUAGAUUCGGAACUCAGUCUAAGCCAGCUCAUGGACUUGGCGAAUGACGCAGAGGUCACGCAGAAUGAUUUCGAUGCUUUGAUCAAUUUCGACGACACAGGGGCCGAUUUCCUCGGUGUCGAAGAAAGCCUCAAUUCCACCGGACUCGCUAGCGGGAGAGGCUACGGUAUUGGGCUAAGUGCCUUGGACAACUUGCCUGACAUGGCCAAACUCCAUCCCGCAGGCAAAAGUCUCGGCCUUGUGGGUCUGGAAGACGGACAAGUCUCUGACGAUCACGCCCCAGGGUUAGGGCAGGUCGGGAUGAAUAUCAUCUCAACCGACCUUGAUGCCGAGCUCGGAUUGAAUCUCUAA